AUGUUCAUGCUUCAAAUUCAUCAUCUUAUCACUCUUUUCCCAUUCUUAAUGUUGGUGAUCUUGCUUCUCAUUCUUCUGGAUACAAACGGAAAUGUCCAGCAACAAGAAACCAACAAUAGUCCACCAUUAUUGGAUUUGUCUUCAUAUCCUAAUGAAACUAAUGUUUGUCUCCAUCUGUCUCUAUAUUUUUGUAAUUGCAUUCAAAUGGCUAAGAAACAGAAAUUUGUUCACCAAGAAACUAAUGUUGAUGCUGCUGUCACCGAUACUGUUGGAACAAGUUCUGACUCUUCAAUGAGUGAUGAUCUACGGAAAAUCAAGAAGGUACUCACAACAAGUGAUCUGGAAAAUAAUAGCAGACUUUUGUUGAAGAAAGAAUUGGCUAGGAAAUGGGUUGUUCCUUUUUUGAAUAAAGGCAAAGUUGAGAAAGAUGGAGUCAAAGUUCCGGUUUUUGAUGUUGAUACUCAAAGCCUUCGUUCUCUUGUUUUUAAGACACAACCUUCGAAUAACAGUCAUAUUUUCAACAAUACAUGGAUGAAGGAAUUUGUAGAUAAAAGAAACUUAAAAGCUGGAGAUGAAAUUCGUUUUAAAUGGGAUCAAGACAACAAGAGAUUUGAUUUUUCAGUUCUUCAUAGGCGUGAUGACAACUGA